AUGGAUAAACUUCUCCAGUGGUCGAUAGCCCAGCAGUCAGGGGACAAGGAGGCCAUCCAGAAGCUCGGACAGCCGGAUCCCAAGAUGCUUGAGCAACUUUUCGGAGGACCAGAUGAACCUACGCUCAUGAAACAAGCCAUAGCAGUGAUACAGAACCCAGAAGCCACAUUGGAAGAUAAAGAAAUUGCCUUCGAUAACUUCGAGAUGCUCAUAGAAAACUUGGAUAACGCCAACAACAUCGAAAAUAUGAAGUUGUGGCCAGCUAUAGUUAAUCAAUUGGAAGAUGGAGUUCCAGCUACGCUCAGGGUCUAUGCUGCUUCAGUGAUUGGAACUGCCGUUCAAAACAAUCCAAAGGCACAAGAAGACUUCAACAAGACAAGUGGUCCAGAAAAGUUGAUCAAAAUCGCUUCUGACGAAAAGACUCCUAAAGAUUUGCUUCUUAAGACGUUAUAUGCUCUUUCCUCAGCCAUGAGAAACUUCAAGCCAGCAUAUGCCAACUUCGUAGAAAACAACGGCUGGAACAUCAUCAGUCUCUCCAAAGAAAAUGACCACAAGAUUCAGUUGAGACAGUUGUCAGCUGUAUCGUCUAUCUUGUCCACAGGUCUUGACGAAGACAAACAAGAAAACAUCCAGAAUGCCAAAUUGGUUGAGUAUUUGGUAUCGAUUUUGACCAAAGAUGGCCAUAUAGGUUGUAUCGAAAAGGCACUUAAUAUCAUUUCUGAACUCGCCCAUUAUAAGUACCAAUUUACAUCCACGGAAAUUGCACGGUUAGCACAAGGCUUGGAACAGAUCGAGACGUUAUCAGACAGAUUGACUGAGGAAGACUUGGUUUCUGCCAAAAAGAUCGUAUCAUGA